AUACUACUUUGAUACAAGCUAGGAUAGGAUAUAUACAGUCAUAACAGCAUAUUUUUCUGCAUUAGCUCCAUUAUAGGAAUAAAAAACAGUGAUGGCAGGAGGAGGUUCGGUGCAGAAAACCGAGGAAGAAUGGAGGGCUGUUCUCUCCCCCGAGCAGUUUCACAUCCUUCGUGACAAGGGAACAGAGCCGAAAUUCAGUGGAGAAUAUGAUAAGUUUUUUGAGCAAGGAGUUUACAAUUGUGCUGGUUGUGGGACACCUCUUUACAAAUCCACCACCAAAUUCAACUCUGGCUGUGGCUGGCCUGCUUUCUAUGAAGGUCUUCCUGCUGCGAUAAAUCGAUCUCCGGACCCUGAUGGGAGGAGAACUGAGAUCACAUGCGCAGCCUGUGGGGGGCAUCUGGGUCAUGUAUUCAAGGGCGAGGGUCACAAGACUCCAACAGACGAACGCCAUUGUGUCAACAGCAUCUCUAUCAAGUUUGGUUCUUCUCAGUGAUCUCCUCUCUGGAGUUAAUUAAUAAAGGCUUUCAUUUUCCACUGUAAACCCAGCCCCUUUGCCUGCCACCAAAACCAGUCUAAGCACAAAAAAAUAUGUGAAAUAAGGAGUGAAAUAUGAGAAAUAUCAAAUCCCAGCCCAAGCCUCCAUUUCUUUUAUCUAUUGUCACCCUUGUUUGGCCCUUCCUCUGAGGGGUUGUUGUGUAAAAGUACAUAAUGUGGCGUCCUAUUUUAUUAGGAACUUGGUGAAUAAAUUUCAAGAUACAAGGCUUUUUAAAA